UACAUUAUCACAAACUUCACUCGACCUUGACACUUGCUCCAGAAAAAUGGCGACUGCAAUGUAUUUGGAGCAUUAUUUGGACAGUCUGGAGUCCUUACCAUCAGAGCUCCAGAGAAAUUUCAACCUUAUGCGAGAUCUGGACCAGAGGUCACAAGAGCUACUGAAGCAGAUUGACCAGCUGGCGGAAGAGUACCUGGACAAUGUUCGGGGGAUGGUGCCUGAGAGGAGGACGGACCAUCUGGACAGCAUCACCAAGCUGUUCUCCAAGAGCAAGGAGUUCGGGGACGACAAGGUCCAGCUGGCCAUGCAGACCUAUGAAAUGGUGGACAAGCACAUCAGGAAGCUGGACGCUGACCUGGCCAGAUUCGAAGCAGAUCUGAAGGACAAGACAUCAUCCAGCUCACGAGGCCAUGAUCAUGACAUGGGCAAGAAAAACAAGGACAAAGAAAAGAAGAGGAAGAAGAAGGAAGAGUUUGAGGAUGAAAUUCCUAAGAAGAAAAAGAAGAAGGGACAGUUAUUGCCAGUUGAAGCAGAUCCUCCACUCCCUCCGUUCCCAUCGAUCACCCACCCGUCCGACGUCCUGGACAUGCCUGUCGACCCCAACGAGCCCACGUACUGCCUGUGUCACCAGGUGUCGUACGGAGAGAUGAUUGGAUGUGACAACGCUGAUUGCCCCAUUGAGUGGUUCCACUUUGCCUGUGUUGGACUGACCACCAAGCCGAAGGGGAAGUGGUAUUGCCCCCGUUGUCAAGAAGAAAGAAAGAAGAAAUGAUCACUGAUCUUCGUCCACAUGAAAACAGCAUUGGUUCAUUUCAUUGUUUUACUUAAGUCACAGAUUUUAAUGUUUCAUAUUACGGAGAGAGCAAGCAACCCUCUGCUGACCAGUGUGCCAAGUUGUUCAACCACUCCACGAACCUGGUCUCACCCAGGUUAUAGGGCAGUGGAGAAUCAGAACAAGGGGACAGAUUUUAGAUGAAAGAAAACACGAUUUAUUCUUUUUAUUUGCUUCAGGUUCAAGGGGAUCUUUUAUUUCACUGAUUGACGUUUGAUUUAAUGAAAGAAAUGAAUUGAAGUGAUAUGAAUGCAUGGAUAGUUUGAUUCUGUGGGGCAUUUUGAGUUUCCAUGGCAAUGUGAGAAAAGCAUAUGUGAUGGAUGGAUGCCCCAAGCCUUGCUGUGCUGCAGUUGAAGUGAUGCAUUUUCUAGUCUUGUUUGCCUUGCAUUGUAGUGUAAUAAUUACAUAGUGACAAUCAGUGGUAAUAUUGAUGCUAGGACACAUGCUGUUCAUCGUAACUCAAACAUUCCAUUCAGUUAUUUAACAUAUUCACCGAAUCUUUUCCUGUAUCAUCGUGAUCAUGCUCAUAUUAGUUCGUGAUUGGUUAGUUAAUCAGGAAAAUUUAACUGAAUUAUCCUAUUUUGCCUCUUCAUUUUGACUUCACGCUGACACUACGCAGAGGUGGUAAGGGGGGAUAACUCAUUCUUCUCAGCAUUAUAUCAAGUGGUUCUAAUUAUGCAAAAUGUGGAACAUAACAAAUACCUACUCACCCGCAGGACGAUGUCUGUAGUUUGCUUCUGGGGAGUUUGUCAGUGCCUGCUAUUCUCCUUAGUAGGUUUUGAAAUGAUUUUUUCUUGCCUGCGUUCAAUUUGGAGCCAGUCUAUGUUGAUACGACGUCAAGAGACCAAACGACGGUCUAGCUAGAGGUGGAAAGAUGUAUCACACUAUUAUAUCAUUAUUCAGUCCAAUCUAUUUUUGUACUUUCAAUGGAUGAAUGAGUGACAGAAGAACACUAUUUAGUGUGGGGUUCAUUUAGGGUUGCAGCAUGUUCAUUCUUUCCUAAUACAUUAUUAACCUGUACACAUUUUCUACAUGGAUUUUCGCAUCGUGUACACAACUACCCAUUCUAAACAAUUGAAGGUUGUCAAUGUUCUACGGUGUACCAUCUUCCUGAGGCAAGGGUGUUAACUGACUUUAAAAGUCCAGUUUCCAC